AUGAUAGACCACCACCUCGGCCAAGAAACAGCACAAAUUUUGUCGUCAUCGUGCUCAUCUGUACUCUUGUCCUCAUCGUCCUACAGGCUGAGUCUCUGCCCGGUAUCGACUACGGUCCCCUCCGCGGUAUCGAUCACCCCCCUUAGUGAUCUUCCGCUCGUAACAACCACAACCACACCACUACCCGCCAAAAUGCUGGAUCCCCUCUACGGCCUCGCCACCCUCUCCUCCUGGACACCCACCUUUGACCCCUCCAGCACCACAAUCAUCACCACCACCACCACCCUCCCCGAGCAGCGGGACCCCUCCAUGCUGGACAACACCAGCAGCAGCUCCGACUGUUACUGGAUCCGGCUCUUCCUCAAAGUAUCCAUCCUCUGCGGCUGGUUCAGCGAGCGAAUCCGGUCCUACGCCCGGUUAUGUCAAGAAGCCUGCCAAGAACACUCUGAAGAGCGCCGCCUCUGGACCCUCAACCCAAACCACCCCUCCUCUUCCCUUAUCCCAAUCCACUCCUCCUCCCUCCUCCGCCCCCUACCCAGAGGAUCCCCAACAACCUUUCCCAAAUUCCGCCUCCUCCCCGCCGAACUCAGACAGCAAAUCUGGGCCGAAGCGCUCCCCAAAUCACGCAUCAUGCUCCUCCAGCUCCCCAAGCAGAACAAUCACAUCUCCAACCUCACAGGCGAUUGGCUGCACAAGUUUUCAUCCCGUCCAAGAAGAGACACCACCACCACCACCACUCGUCUCGCCAGGGGUAGAUCGUUUUCGUCUCGCGAAGGGGAGAAAUACUCCUUCGCCACCACCUCGUCCUCCUACCCCUCUUCCAAAUCCAACAUCUUCACCUGCAGCACCCCUCCCCCGGUACUACUGUCUGUCUGCUCCGAAUCGCGGCUUGCCGCGCUCAAGAGGUAUCGUCUCGGACUUGCUCCACGUGGACACCCCCAGCCGAGGAUCUACGUUGAUCUUUCGACCGACGUCAUUGGUUUGUCGAAUGAGGUCAUGUCGUCAACCUCUGGGAAGAAUUUGAUCAGGCUGACGCCGGAUAUGAGGCUUGUGAGGCAUGUCUGUCUGGCUGGGCAGAACGCGGGGGGGUUCAUGAGCUCGAGGGGGGCGCUGGUGUUGGAUUCGGUGGAGAGCUUGCUGGUGGUGGAGAAUGGGUUGUUUGGGAGCGGGAUGGUGCCUAGGGUUGCGGGGCUGGAUUGGGAGUAUUGGGUUCGGUGGCAGUGUAGGAAGGGGUUGGCGAGGUUUGGGUUUGGGGGGGAGAGGUUUGGGGUGAGGGGGGGGGUUAGUACGAGGGAGACUUGGGAGGGGAAGGGGUUUGGGAUGGGGGUAAGUGGUGAGUAA